AUGCUCCAGAUCGCGGACGUCAGCCCGGAGAAGUCUCGGACGCACUGGUCCGCGACGAGGAAGCCGAGGCGGGAUCCCGCGUCCGCCGCGCCCCCCCCGCGAGGCGCGCGAAUAGCCGCGGAGCGACACGCCGCGGCGAUUCGCGUGCAACGCAUCCAACGCGGGAGGAUCGCGCGGCGCGACGUCGCGGCCAUGAAGCGAGCGCGAGCGGCAGAGACGCGGGAGCGGUCGGAGCGAGACGGCGAAGAGGCGAGGACGCGCGCCGAGCGCGGCGCGACGGAGGCGAGGGCGAGGGUGAAGUCCGCGCGCGCGGAGGAGCGUCGAGCGAGAGCGGCGGCGCGGGAGAGCGCGCCGGAGCGCGUGAAGGAACAGCGCGAGGCGUUCGCCGCGAUCGCGUCGAAGCGUCACGCGACGCACGAGAGGAAGCUUCUGAAGGCUGAGAUGGCCGCCGAGGCGGAGCGAGACGCGAUCCGAGCCGUCGCCGCCGCCGACCGCGCGCGCGCGCCGUCGUCCGCGUCGAAGGGCGGGCAGCCGAACCGCCCGCGGACCGCGGGCGCGACGCCGCCGAGCGCGACUCACGCGCACGCGCGACUCGACGCGCGCGAGGCGGUCAAGCUCGCGGCGCGGCGGCUCGCGGCGAAGCUCGACGCGGAGGAAUCGGAGCGGGCCGAGCGGACGGCGGCGAGGGAGGCGGCGUUGCGAGCGGGCUGGAGCGCGAAGUUCCCGGGCGAGGCGAGCCACGUCGUGCGGUUGGAACGCGAGCGCGAAUUACGCGCGCGCCAGUCCGGAGAAUACGGCGGCGGGGGCGGCGGCGGCGCGGGCCGGGGCUCCAUCGGGCGCGCCGACGACGCGCUGCGCGCCUCCGCGGAGCUGUUCGGAGGCUUCGAGGACGAGCGAAGAGCGUCGUGGCGAGAGGAGAGCGACGCGAUCAGGAGAAGCUUCGAGCCGACGCGCGAGGACGCGCUCACGCCGGCGGAGCGCGAGAUUCGAGAGGCGAUGAAGAUCGCGAACGAGGCGGACAGCGCGCUCGCGAAGGCGGAGGCGCGAUACGCGAGGGCCAAGGCGAGAGCGAACGACGCCAAGGUGAGCGUCGUGCGCCUCAAGAACGCGGCGCCGACGCCCGGGGGGAGGUCUCGCGGCGCUGUCGAUCGGUCGUCGGCGCGCUCUUCGGCGCGCUCGUCGCGCGCGUCGAAGGCGGCGUCGUUGAGGUCGUCGCGAGGGGACGGGUCCGCGGCGGGCGACGUCUCGAUCGUGAAUCCGCGAGCGUCGCGCGUCGGCGCGGCGCGGUCGUCCGUCGACGGCGAAUACGUCCCGUCGCGAGCGAGGUCCCCGGCGCGGUCUUCCGUCGAGGUUGGCGUCCCGUCGCGCGCGUCGUCGAUCGCGAAGUCCCCCCCGGCGCGGUCGACGACGCCCGCGGAGGACAAGAGAGCGGCGCGGAAGCAGCGACGCCUGGAGCAGUUUUUCCAGGAAGAUAUUCGCAAGUCCACGGCGUCGCUUCGCGCGUCCGCGUCCAAGUCCAAGGAUUCGGACUCGGACGACGAAGAGAUCGACCCGCGCGUCCUCGCGGCGAAGCGCGCGCGCGACGCCGCUCGGACCCGCGCCGCGUGGGUCCGCGCGGAGGUGCAGGCCAACCUCGAAGACGACGAACACAAGACGAGGGCGCUGCUAGCCUUUUUCAACGCGCGAGCGGAGGGGAAGACGCUGAUCGAUCCGUCGUACGAGCGCGCCGCGUGCGAGGCUGCGAUCGGGAUGCCCGCGCUGGAGGGCUGCGCCGCGCACCUGCCCGCGGUGUUCGCGGGGUGUUCCGCGGAGAUGCACCCGGCGGGCGCGGUCAUCGCGCGCGAGGGCGAGCGCGGGGAGGAGAUGUGUGUCGUCGUCGGCGGCGAGGUGGGGCUGUUUCAGCUCAGGGAUAACCCGAAAGGAGCCGCGGGGUUGGAGACGAGCGAUCUGCUGUGGGACCCGAUCGUGUUAUCGCGGCGACCGAAGACGGCGUUCGCGACGGAGAAGGCGAGCUCGAGCGGGUACGGGCGCGGCGCGGUUCGGGCGCGCGCGCGGCCGGCGACGGCGAGCGCGGGCGCGGGCGAGGACGCGAAGCCGCGGCGUCGUUCGAUGCGAGAGAAGGAAGUCGACGCGGUCGCGACCAAGGCUGGCGACGAGGAGGAGUGCGUCAGGCUCGGCGCGCCGAGACGCGCGGGACGGCUCGCGCGGCGGGUGAAAUUCGGCGAGUGCUUCGGCGAGGGCGCGGUGACGCGGCCGAAGGGCGAGGAGGCUCGCGGCGCCACCGCCGUCGCGCUCGCGGACGUCGUCCUCCUCACGCUUCGAAAGUGGAAGUACGACGCGAUCCUCGGCGUCGUCGAGGCUUCCGCGGCGCAGAAAACGCGCGAGUUUCUCCGCACGACGGAUCUGUUCCCUCGCGACAGGGUCUCCGACGCGGACCUUCUCGCGCUCGCGGAGAAGCUGACGGCGACGCGCGUCGCGCCCGGCGACGUCGUCGUGAAAUCAGGCGACGCCCCCAAGGGCGUCUUCUUCAUCGUGUCCGGGACCGCGCGCGUGUACGCGCGAUCCGCGACGUACGUGGACGGCGUGUACCUCGACGGUCGCGGCAGCGCGCGCUCGUCGAGCUCCGCGCCGUGGGCGGGGAUCGACCGCGAGCCGCUCGCGUUGAGGAAAAAUACCGGGCGCGGCGGCGGCGCGAUCCGCGACGGCGAUCCGCGGCUUGGGAAGGUCACGGAGAUCGCGCUCGGGGUGCUGUCCACCCCCGCGCUGUUCGGGGAGGAGUGUCUCGCUCCUCGCGCCAAGGACGAGGGCAGCGAGGGCGUCGGGACGCACUUGUUCACGGUCAAAGCCGGGGGCGGGGGCGAGGAAGAGACGAAGUCGGAGAGGUUGUUGCACGCGUUGCGUCUGGACCCCGAGGACGCGCGCUGGCUCCCGCCGUCCGUGUCUCGCAGGCUCAGGAGCCUCGCGAAGAGCACCGCGGCGGCGGCGAGGGAGGCGCACGACGCGCUGAAGGCGACGCCCCCCGAGGCGAUGGUCGAUGGCGGGAACGACGAGAACGCGCCCGCGCCCGCGCGCGCCGCGCGAAGGGCGAGCGGCGGCGGCGGCGGCGGCGGUUCGAAAUCCGCGCCGACGACGCCCGCGCUCCGACCGAGCGGCUCCGGGUCCGGGACGCGCCGCUCUCCCCGCGAUUUCCGGCGAUCGAGCGGCGAUCGCAUCCCGAUCGGCGUCGGUCUCGGUGGCGGCGGCGGGCGCCUGCGCGAGGUUGGACGGCGCGCGGAAGAGCGCAUCGAGCGUCGACGCGGCGGGACGACGACGCCGACGACGACGACGCCGACGCGCUCGGAACCGGGACGUCGUCGGGAUCGGGACGGAGACCGACGCGCGGAGUCCGCGUCCCCCGCGCGCGCGUGGGACCACUACGCGUCCAUCGACGCGGACGAGGACGACGCGGAGGACGACGACGCCGUCGACGACAUCGUCGCUGCGCCGUCCGCGCGACGGGCGUCCUCGCGCCCGCGGACGACGGCGAGCGAGAAGCUGGCGAAGUUUCUGUCGCGCAAGACGCGAAACAGAGAGACGCCGGCGCCGGCGGCGCCGGCGCCGGCGCGGAGCUCGCCCGCGCGCUACGGCGCUCCCGCGCCCGUCGUCCGAAUGACGAAGAAAGCCGCCGCGAUGGCGGCGAGGAACCGACCGACCGAGCGCUGGGCGAGCGAGCCGCCGUUCGACGGAGGAGAAGGAUUGGCCGCGUCGGCGCCGGCGCGGGCGCCGAGGAGCCGCGUCGUCGGCGACGCGGGUCGUGUGGGGUCCGUUUGA